AUGAGGGGCUUUGUCGCUUCCUCUCCCCCGGGGAAGAGGAGGUGGAAGGGCUUCGCAUUGGCGGUUGUCGCCCUGGUCGUCUUCUCGCUGCUCGUCCCACUAGCGUUCCUUCUCGGCCUCCACAACCGCUUUCCCUACGGUACGCUAGGAAACCCGAUAAUUUGUUACUCCGUCAAGGAGAACCCUGCGAUCCUCAAUGGCAGAUCUACAUCCUUUCUGCACGGAUUGUUUUCUGCGGCAACCAAAUCUGGUUAGGGUCCUGUUUUAGAGUGCUCGUUACUGUAUGUCGACAGAGGUCCCUCCAUUUUCGCGUUUGAUAUCGUUACUGUAUGUCGACAGAGGACAGUCAGUGAACAGGGUUGCCUCGUCGUUACUACCACAAGAUAUGCUGUCCUCUGCUUCUCGUUGGCCGAAUUUUAGAGAUCCGUUUUUUCUCCGACUUGUUUUUCCAGAAGUAAAUUCAGACUAUUUUAGUUUCAUUUCUUGUUGUUGGUUUCUAAUCGUCAUCUUGGAUGAUGUCACUUUUCAUAUCUUCCCAUCUUUUUUCGCAAUUUUAAACUAGGAAAUCUCUAACGGUAUCUUGCCUGUCUUUGCAGGGUACCUAAGUGACGACACUUCAUCUUUGGUCAGUUACUUUUUUCUGUUUAUGAAUCGAAUUUGUGUUUAAUGAUUUUAUUUUGGUACUUACUUGCAUUAAUUUUGACUGGACUAGAAUUCUCCCUUAGGAAGAUUUGAGAAGGCCGCCCCCAAAGAUGAUCGUAAUCCUGGAGAGGUUUCUCCCUUUCCUUUUCGAGUCCUUUCCUUUCGAUUAGAUAAUAUCACACUAGUGAUCUCUUUUGCUGGACUACAUUUAAAUGCAUCUUAAAACAUGAAGAUAAAGCUGCUUAAAUAUUGAACAUUUAUAUUUUUCAAAUAAUCACAUCCAUUGUGCUUUUGUGAAUCUCAUGCAGGACGAUCAGACAAGAGUUGUGGAGAAUCUUAUUAGAAGAUUUGGGCCAUCGAUCUCUAAGGUUUUCUAUCUCGUUAUUAUUUAUUUACUUGGAUUUUAUACAUGCAGCAGACGAUAUCUGUUUUCUUCCCUGUACCUACCUAGGGAACGUACUAAUUUAACGAGAUAUUGUUGAAACCAGAAGAAACUGUAAAUAAUUUUUUUAUUUGAAAAAUAAGCCAGAGGAUAAUUUUUAUCUGCAAUCAAGUACCCAAUCUUCAUAGGUUCCGAAGUUUGCUCUUGAUGCAUCAUAACCAGUACAUAAUCUUCAUUCUCACUAACGCUGGUUUUUAUGUGAUCAGUUCGGAUUUUGAUUACCCAGUAUAAUUUCAAUUACUGUGUUCUAGGAUGAUGAAGAUGUUCCGAAGAUGAGUGAUGAAAAUUUGCAAAGGGAGGGUUCUAGUGGAAAUAACGCCAGUAAAAGCUUCAUCGUUUCUUCUCUACCAAAAGACUCCGGUUCGGAAGGUUUGUGACUUGGACGUUUUAAGCCGCCCUAAGACUCUUGAAAGCCAACUGUUGUCCUUAAAUGCUGUUCAUAACUUAUGAUCAAUUUUUUUCGUCAUUUCUUUUUUCAACGCAGCUGUGCCUACAUCUAAAACAGUUGCGCAGAGACCACUUGCUACCAAAGAAAAGGUAAACAUCCUUUUUCAGUUAAUGAAUGGAUGACUAAAAUCUAUGAGGAUUUAUUUUGAGCACGAUGCUUCUCUGAGAACUUUAGUUAGUUCUUAUGAUGCAGUGCAAUUCCUUUCAACUGUUGAAUAAAUGUACUUUGUUGUACUAGGACGUUUUUUUUCCCCCAAAACCCAAUCAUCUGGACCUUCUUGUCCUGAUGUUUAAUGGGAAUUAUGCAGAAAAUGACCGAUUCUACUGCUCUUUUGUUCUCACUUUUCUAUAAAUUUAUAGCAGAUUGACACACCUGGUCAGAGAAUUAUAAGUACCAGUGCAACAGCACAUUUAGAAACUACUGCUUCUGGGGAUGAAACUGAACAAACAUGUCAGCUCGAAUUUGGAAGCUACUGCCUAUGGUCUGUGGAAUAUAAGGAGAAAAUGCAGGAUUCCUUGGUGAAGAAAAUGAAAGACCAGCUUUUUGUGGCGAGGUCUUACUACCCAAGUAUUGCUAAGCUUCACUCUCAAGAGAAGUUGUCUCUUGAACUGAGGCAGAAUAUUCAAGAUCAUGAACGAAUGCUUAGUGACGCUCUGGUAGAUGCAGACCUUCCCAUCAAGUAAGUAAUUUCAACCUUUUUAUUCUGCCCUCCUUUGCUUUUUAUUUUCUCUUUUUUCUGAGUGAACCGAACAAUAAUUUCUAUAUUUCUUCUGUAUGAUAUCUACCUUCACUCUUCAUUCAUAUGGAUAUUUGUAAUAUACAUCUCAGGUUCACAUCUUUUCUGUUGUUUAAAAAGAAAACUUACAUGGCGAGGUGCUGAACCAUUUUAUCUUCAAUGCAAGCCGGCCUGGGUUGAGUUUGUCUGCUUGUUAUUUAUUUUAUUUCUGAAAUUAUCUAACGCCUGUCAUCAAGGUUUGUGUCGGAAAUAUUUUGAAAUAUGACAUUGUAUCAGACGAGAAAUGUUCUGAAUUCGGUACGAAUUAUGAUUUCUUGAGUUGUGGGUAGCUUGAUCUCAUAUUGCAUCAGCUUCAUAUGGGGUUUUUUUACAAUUUACUCUGUCACUUUGUGUCAUGCUGUGUAGAUGAUCCCCUUCUGGCAGCAGCAAGUGGGGCAUUUUUGCAGGAAUGUUGUGCGUUUGCUGUUUUCCUUUAUGAUGUUAACUCCCUAUCAUAUCAAGACUCGGAAUGCUAUAAAAUUUAGUCGGAUUAGUUUGACUCAUUUGUCGCUUGUUACAAUUUAAAUCAACUAUGCGCCAACACCUAUGAAUGUUCGAAACCUUCUAGGGUCGUAUGCUCGCUUUAAAAAGUUUUGAUCAUGACCAACAUGAUGUUAUUGACAUUUGGUUCUCACCUGUAUUGACAUGCACUGAUCUCAUAAGAGGGAGAUGUCCGUCUGUAGUGUCAAAAUAUAUUUGCGUUUAUGAGAUCUUUGUGUCGAAAUCUAUUUUCUCCGUUCUCUUGAACGAUUUCACUUGUAAUCAUGCGCUGCUUUAGCUGAAUUCUCAGUAAAUUUGUUGAUACAUCCAACCUGUACCAAAAUAUGGUAGCCAAAUAAUAGGUUUAAAGACGGAAUUGACAAGAUAAGAAACACUAGUAUUGUUCAUGUGGAGAAUCGCGUUUAUAUGAUACUACUUAGUAUUCCCAGUAAACAUUUAAUACCUUAUCGUCUGGUUUGUUUAAAUGAGGAGAAGAUUAUGGCUGAUUUUACCUGCAACUUUUGUCAUGUUCAUAUUGUGCGUUUUUAGUUUUCAACGCCUAUAUAUGUAUUUUCGAGUCCUCGUCAAAGGUUAUUUACUUUUAAGAUCUUAAAAAAUCUCGAAAUUUGGGGAUAGAAACUUCAGUUAUCAUCAUGUUCAACAAACCUAUGGACACGCCGGUAUUUAUAUUAAAAGGUGUUUCAAAAUUAUAUUAAACAUGAUGGGAAUAUUGCCCACAGCUUUCCGUCUGGAUUGGUCAAUUAGACACAGGUUAAUCCCCUCUCUUUUGAUUCGGGAUUAUAUAGGCGAUUCUUUUUGAAUCAUAUUUGGAAUAAUCUGCAGAUUAUUUGUUUGGUUUGUGGUGGGGAAUGUUGUUUGCACUGCCCUGCCAUCUGCAUAAAAUCUCACACUGCACACAGACAGUCCAGGUCUGCUGUCUUUGUCUGGUAUUACUUAAAUUUGUGUCCCCUGCUUUUGAUGAACUACCCCUGGAUGUAGUUAGACUGGUUUCCUUCCUGUGGUGUUGGCCUGCAGUCCAGUCAGCGGAGUCGCUACCUGAUUGUUAGGGACAGUGCCUGCUCGAUGAAAUAUAUGCUACUUUUCCCACCAAUUUUAUGCCUCGACGUGACUUGAGCGAAGUUUUAUUCUGACGUAGAAAAUGGCGUCAUAGAGAGAUAUUCUAUCUUUGCUGUCGUAAUUUUAUGAUGCCAAUACUUUAGCAGUCUUAAUAUGAAUCUCCUUCGAAGUGGUCUAUGAUUGGCUGUGAAACUGAAUUUUUGAAUUCUUUUAUUAUUCAACAGCGUUAGGGGCCAGAUGGAAAUGCUGAACUUUCCAUUUUUUCAAUCUUUCUAGAGUUUUUAUGCAGGAGGCUUGGGUAGUCAUGAGGUCAAUUUUCUCAUGUUUAAUUGCAUGUGUUUUGCAUGCCCGUUUUUUUUUUUGUUGAUGACGUGUGACAUUGGCAUUUAGUUUCUCGGGAAAUGAUCUGCCGUUCGGUAUAAGAUUAAGCCGAGUGUGGUUACAUGCUUUAUCACUGAGUGUAUAAAUUUCUUUUCCUGAGAAGAAUUCGAAUUUAGAAAGUAUAUGAUAUCUUAGCAUUUUAUUGGUUUCUUUUUUGAAAUGAUCUUUGUUAGUGUGGUUACAUACUGGUUUUUAGUAAUCUGUUGACACAUUUCCUGACGUUAAACAUGAAACACAAGUGGGUUAGAAUCAUGGUUCUAUUCUUUGUUAGAGGAAAUACUAAUAUUUUUUAUUUUCUUUUUCCAGCGUUGAGAAGAAAGUACAUAGUAUGGAAGUCAUCAUUGGCAGAGUCAAAUCUUUCCACCUUGGUUGCGUUAAUGUUAACAAGAAACUGCAACAAAUCCUUGACUUGACAGAAGAUGAAGCGCACUUUCAUAGGAGGCAGAGUGCAUUUCUUUACCACCUUGGUGUUCAGACAAUGUCCAAGAGUCUCCACUGUCUAUCGUUGAGAUUAACGGUUGAAUAUUUCAAUUCUCCUUUGUUUGAUAUGGAGGAUGUACAUUCCGAAAGGCUUGCUAACCCUGCCCUUCAACAUUAUGUUAUUUUUUCGAGUAACAUACUUGCAUCUGCUGUUGCUAUUAACUCAACAGUGAUGAAUGCCAAGGUUAGAAUUCUUUUUUGGCCAAAGAGCACACUACACAUAUUUCUAAGCCAAUAUCUUGACAUAGUUUCUUUUGUAUCUACAGGAAAGUGAGACUUUGGUUUUCCAUCUGCUCACCGACAGUCAGAAUUUCUUUUCCAUGAAAAUGUGGUUUUCAAGAAAUGUUUACAAGAAGGCAUUGAUUCAUGUUACAGAUAUUGAGGAUUACUAUUACUUUCUGAAUAACUCCCAGUUGGGUAUGCAGCCACACCUUUCAUUGUCCGAGGAGUUCCGAAUUUCAGUUCGAAGUGUUGAUCAACCAUCUCUUGUGGAUAGAAGAACUGAAUAUAUCUCAACUCCCAGUCAUGCAUACUUUCUUCUUCCUGAUAUAUUCAAGAAUCUUAAAAGGAUAGUAGUUUUGGACGAUGCUGUUGUUGUUCAGCGUGAUUUAUCACCUUUAUGGAACCUUGACUUGAAGGAAAAGGCGAUUGGUGCUGUAGAAUUCUGUGAGUUGCGAUUAGGUCACCUGGAAAGUUACUUGGGUGAAGAAGACUACGACAAAGAAGCGUGUCUCUGGCUGUUUGGCCUAAACGUAGUAGACCUAGAUCAGUGGAGGAACCUUAAUGUCACUGGAACUUACCAGAAGCUUCUCAGCAAGGUAAUGCAGCUUUUACCCCUUCUUGAAUACCCUCUGAUUAUGAAUCUUCUUACUAAUGACUGUGGGGGUGUACUUCAAUGUGCUCGUUCACUGUCGACGUGAAGAUGAGCAGGUGAGCUGUUCCUUUUUUAGUUGCGAAAUAUUAAUUAAUCAUGUCCUUGUCUCACAUAGUUGAAAACCUAAAACCGCUCUUAUUCCCUGAAAAGCUUUCAAUAUUCAUGCGUUUUCGUCCCUAAACACCUGGUGGGAAUCGGUGAAGUGUAUAUUCUCUUACUCUACCAAGAUGCGCGAGUUGGUGAUUGAUUGAGUGAAGGAGAGGGUGACACGAAAACUGAUUACUGCUAAUGCCGCGUGAUGUUCUUUAAGUUUCAUGAAACGUAGGUAAAAAAAAAUUAACCUCUUAGUUGACUAUGUAUAACUUUGGGUUGGCGAUAAACAUCUUUAAAGAGCUCUUCAGAUCUUCAUUACAAUCAGAUUACUUUAGUUCUAUUAUGUGCCAGAUGCAGUUUUUUCCUGCUUUUACACUCGUUUUUCCUUGUAAUCAUUUUUUUAUUGAAAUUUCAGCAUCAACUUUCUAUGAAUUUUAUGUGAUUUUCAAGAAAAAAACUUCAUGUUAUACAAAUCUUUAAUGCUUUUGUGCAUUAGAAGAAGUAAAAUCCACUUUACCAAUGUUCAUCAUGAAACAAAUUCCAACGAAUUUAUUCAUUUCUCACACUUCAUAUAAUGUGUUCUUCCAGCAUAUGAAGUCGCAAGAGACAACCCAUACGUCAUGGAGAACUGCCGCCCUACCUUCGAGCUUGCUUGCUUCUCAGGAUCUCAUCUACGUGUUGGAUGAUUCCUGGGUCUUGUCAGGGCUGGGCACCAACUACGCGGUCAGCAGAGACGCCAUUCAGAAGGCCGCCAUCCUGCACUAUAAUGGGAACAUGAAGCCCUGGUUAGAACUCGGGAUUCCCCAGUACAAAACGUACUGGAGAAACUACCUGACACAGCAGGACCAGUUCAUGGACGAGUGCAAUGUGAACCGAUGA